ACAAUCUCUCUCUCUUUUCUCUCUCUCUCUCUCUCUCUCUUCUCUCAGAAAGUCACAAGAAAUAACAACAGUUGUUCUUCAUCAUCAUCAUCAUCAGCAAACAGAUCAACACAAAUCAUUUAAAUGAAUCCACAAACCCUUUACUCACUGAUCUCUCCUCCUCCUCCUCCAGUCUCCACCACCACUUAGAGAGAGAAAGUAGAGAGAGAGAGAGAGAAAACACACACACAGUACACACACACACACAGACACAGCAAAACACAGAAAUAUCCAUAUCAAACUACAGAGAAAAACACGCACAACACACAGUGAUGACCACAGAAGACUCGUUAAGAUCCCUAUCCCUAGAUUACCUCAACCUCCUAAUCAACGGCCAGGCUUUCAGCGAUGUUACCUUCAGCGUAGAAGGCCGCCUCGUACACGCCCACCGCUGCAUAUUAGCUGCACGCAGCUUGUUCUUCAGGAAAUUCUUCUGCGGGCCCGACCCCCAGCCCGGUUCGGAUCCUCUCAGAAUGGGCCCCGGCGGCGUCGGCGGAGGCGGCGGCGCCUCCUCCUCGUCGCCGAGGCAGCAGCAGCAGCAGCAGGUGAUACCGGUGAACUCAGUAGGGUAUGAGGUAUUCUUGCUGAUGCUGCAGUUCUUGUACAGUGGGCAGGUGUCGAUUGUGCCGCAGAAGCACGAGCCCCGGCCGAAUUGCGGCGAGAGGGCUUGCUGGCACACGCAUUGCACCUCCGCCGUUGAUCUUGCUCUUGACACUCUCGCUGCCGCUAGAUCUUUUGGUGUCGAACAGCUCGCUUUGCUCACUCAGAAACAAUUGAGUAGCAUGGUUGAGAAAGCUUCAAUUGAGGAUGUAAUGAAAGUAUUAAUAGCUUCAAGAAAGCAAGACAUGCACCAACUAUGGACCACGUGUUCACACCUUGUCGCAAAGUCCGGCCUCCCGCCGGAGGUUUUGGCGAAGCAUCUUCCGAUCGAGGUGGUGGCUAAAAUAGAGGAGCUCCGCCUCAAGUCCACCCUCGCCCGCCGCUCCCUAAUGCCGCCACACCACCACCAUUCCCACCACCACCACCACGACAUGGGCGGCGCCGCCGCCGACCUCGAGGACCAGAAGAUCCGCCGCAUGCGGCGGGCGCUGGACUCCUCCGACGUGGAGCUCGUCAAACUAAUGGUGAUGGGUGAAGGGCUGAAUCUUGACGAGGCUUUGGCAUUGCACUACGCCGUCGAGAAUUGCAGCAGGGAGGUGGUGAAGGCUUUGCUAGAGCUCGGGGCGGCGGACGUCAACUACCCGGCGGGCCCCGCCGGAAAAAGCCCCCUCCACGUCGCCGCCGAGAUGGUGUCGCCGGACAUGGUGGCCGUGCUCCUCGACCACCACGCCGACCCCAAUGUGAGGACCGUCGACGGGAUUACUCCGCUCGACGUUCUUCGAACCCUAACCUCGGACUUCUUGUUCAAAGGAGCGGUUCCCGGUUUGACCCAUAUCGAGCCGAACAAGCUGAGGCUCUGCCUGGAGCUGGUUCAGUCGGCGGCGAUGGUGAUCUCCAGGGAGGAGGGGAAUGCCGGCACGCCGCCGUCCGCCGCCAUAUACCCGCCGAUGAACGAUCAGGACCACGGCGGCGCCGCCGCCAGUAUCGGUGCGGCGGGUAACCUGAACCUGGACUCGAGAAUGGUGUAUCUGAAUCUCGGCGCGCAGAUGGGUGGCGGCGGCAAGAAUAUGAGCGGCGAAGAAGAUAGCGGCGGCGGCGGCCAUAGAGAUCAAGGUAUGAACCGAAACGACGACGCUUCAAUGUAUCACCACCACCACCACCAUCAUCAUCAACACCAUCACCCCCAUAAUCAGUAUUAAACUUCCAUCUACGUACACAAAGUACCUCUCUCUCUCUCUUCUCUCUCUCUCUACAAUAUAUAUCGUUUCUCUCUCUCUCUAUCUCUCUCUCUAUAUAUAUAUAUAUGAUAUAUCUAAGUUUAUUUUCCAUGUAGUGGGGAUCAGGGAUUCAAAAUAUUCAUGGAGAUAUCUUUAUUCAGAAGUUUCACUUUAAUCUGUUGGUAUUUAUUUAAUUAAAAUAUUAUAUAUUCUGGUGAUUUAUAUUUUUUUAUUUCUAGGAAUUAAUAUUAUUAAUAUAUAUAUAUAUAAUGAUAAGCAAUGAAUUCUAGAGAGAGAAAGUGAAAAAUGUACUGAAUGUGAAUGAGAUGGGACAAAGAGCAGUGAGUAUCAACGUUUCUUCUGCUGUGAUGAA